ACUAAAGACCAGAAAAAACUAUAGCGCGUAAUAUCCCCAUUUUCUUCCUCAUCUUGAUCCCUCUGUAGCACCACCACCAAAUUCUUAAGUCUGAAACCACACAACUCUGCAGCUCUCAAUUUCUCACAUUACUUAAGAAAUGGGUUGGUUUGGGGAUACCUUGGAUUCCAUCAAGUCCAUUCAGAUCAGGCAAGCUCUCUCCCAAGCCGUCAGUCUCGGCUUGAUUGUCACUUCGGCGCUGAUAAUAUGGAAAGGGUUGAUGUUGAUGACUGGGAGUGAGUCACCUGUGGUGGUUGUGCUCUCUGAAAGCAUGGAACCUGGCUUUGCUAGGGGUGACAUUUUGUUCUUGCAUAUGAGCAAGGAUCCUAUUCGUGCAGGAGAAAUUGUCGUGUUUAACGUGGAUGGACGUCCUAUUCCAAUUGUUCAUCGAGUAAUUAAGGUGCACGAGCGGAGAGAUACUGGAGAAGAUUAUGUCCUCACAAAAGGAGACAAUAAUUCUGAUGAUGAUAGAAUCCUUUAUGCUCCGGGCCAGCGUUGGUUGCAAAAACACCAUAUCAUGGGGAGAGCUGCUGGGUUUUUGCCUUACGUUGGUUGGGUGACAAUUAUCAUGACAGAAAAGCCUAUAAUUAAGUACAUUAUCAUAGGAGCGCUGGGAUUGCUGGUCAUUACGUCGAAGGAUUAGAGAUACAGUUGUAGAGGCAUGGCAAGGUACAGAUGCCCUUUUCUUAAGCAGGGAGUGAGAGAGAAUCAGAGUGAAAGAGAAUCGGUAGGGUUCCAGCUGCAUGUCCUCCUAUUGUUUGUGACCAAGAGAUUAGAGAUUACACCGCUUCCCUGCUUGUAUUUUUGACAAGCCGGUUGGCAUAUAGACAUACUUGUAUUUCAGAUUACAUGCACUUCAUAUUAACCAAGGAUAAUGGCAUUUCGAUUUGGGACUAA